AACAAAAUCAAGAGAGAACAGAACAUCGAAACCUAACUCCCUCACUCUCUCUCGUUGCCAUCACCACCACCCUCCACCGCCGCAAAACCCUAUCACCGCCCUCGUUCUCGAUUGACACUUGAAAGAGAUAGUGUCAAUGGCGGAAGAACGAGUUGAAUCGAAAUUAUACAAUUCCGUUGAAUUGAAAUUAUACAAUUCAAUGAAUAACGAGAAGGAGAUCUUCAACCCUAAAGUAGCCGGUAAGGUUUCCAUGUAUGUCUGUGGAGUUACAGCUUAUGAUUUGAGUCAUCUCGGUCACGCACGUGCCGCCGUUUCUUUUGAUAUCCUCUUCAGGUACCUUAAACAUUUGGAUUAUGAGGUCACAUAUGUGCGGAAUUUCACCGAUGUUGAUGACAAGAUAAUUAAUCGAGCAAAUGAGAAAGGUGUGGAUCCUUUUGAGUUAAGCAGACAUUUUUGCGAUGAAUAUAAUGUUGAUAUGUCUGAUCUUCUGUGUGAGAGACCGACUAAGGAGCCUCGUGUUUCUGACCACAUUGACCAGAUAAAGGACAUGAUAACCCAGAUUAUCAACAAUGACUAUGCUUACGAGGUUAACGGAGAUGUUUUCUAUUCGGUUGAGAAAUGCCCAAAUUACGGCGCGCUGUCUGGGCAAAGGCUAGAACAUAAUAGAGCUGGGGAACGAGUUGCUGUCGACUCAAGGAAGCAUCACCCAGCUGAUUUUGCACUGUGGAAGGCUGCUAAGCCAGGAGAGCCCAGCUGGGACAGUCCUUGGGGUCCCGGAAGGCCUGGAUGGCACAUUGAAUGCAGUGCAAUGAGUGCGUGUUAUUUAUCUCAUAAAUUUGAUAUUCAUGGUGGUGGAAUUGAUUUGAUCUUUCCUCAUCAUGAAAAUGAGAUUGCUCAAAGCUGGGCUGCUGACAAAGAGAGCCACAUCAGUUAUUGGUUGCAUAAUGGGCAUGUGACUAACAACAAUGAGAAGAUGUCGAAAUCCUUAGGAAAUUUUUUCACUAUUCGGCAGAUCACUGAACGUUACCAUCCACUUGCUUUGAGACAUUUCUUGAUUAGUGCUCAUUAUAGAUCUCCACUAAAUUACUCCAUCACACAGCUGGAGACUUCGUCAGAUGCUAUUUAUUAUAUAUUUCAGACUCUUGAAGAUUGUAGAGACACUUUAUCGUCAUUUCUACAAGAAGACACCGAGAAAAAAGAAAAGGUGCCUCCAAUUAAUGAUGCUGCCAAAGAGUGUAUUAAGAAGUUGAAAGACGAGUUUCAAACAAAAAUGUCAGAUGAUUUGCAGACACCAGUAAUACUAACCGGUGCUCUCCAAGAGGCCUUGAAAUUCAUGAACGGUUCUUUGAAGAUGCUGAAGAAAAAAAUGCAGAAAAGAGCACAAUUGCAACUGGUUCAAUCCUUAUUGGAAGUUGAGAAAGAAGCUAGAGAAAUUUUGAAAGUACUAGGAUUACUGUCCUCUUUGUCCUAUGCUGAGGUUCUGCAGCAAUUGAAAGAUAAGGCGUUGAAGAGAGCAGGUUUGACAGAAGUUGAAGUGCUAAAAUCGAUAGAAGAAAGAAGGCAAGCUAGGAUUAAUAAGGAUUUUGCCAAGAGCGACAACGUUAGAACUGAUCUAACUGCAAAGGGUAUUGCACUUAUGGAUGUCGGCAACGAAACAAUUUGGAGGCCAUGCAUCCCAAGUGAACCACUUGUUGCACAAGCUGUUUCGACAGACAACAAUGCACCCAAAGUAGAAGAAAAGCUAUCAACACUUGCGGUGAGUCAAAAGGUGGAGGAAAUACCCCGCAAAUCGUGAAGGGAAUGGAUCACAUGCAUCAUCAACAUGAAGGUUGCAUUAAUACCCUUUCUAUAGCUAUAUGAUUAAUACAAAACUAUGUUAUAACUUAUCAUUGCUACACCACUAGGCUUCAAGAUUGUAGAUCAAUUUGAGGUUACCACCAAUUUUACAGUUUUUUUGUUUGUAUGUUUAAGGUCCCGACUCGGGGUUAGUUUUACUGCCUGUGACAAUUAUAUGGAUUGUCUCACAAAGUAAUCGACAAUUUUCUUUAAAAAUUUAUUUAGAAGUUUUGCUAUAUACAUAGUAGUGACAUAGAA